GGGAUGAGGGGAAAGAGAGGGAUAUAUAGCCAGCCCCAUAUAGAAAGGUGCGUGCAUUUAUCCUUUGCAGCGUCCUAUCCAGCUGUGGAAACGAACUUGAAACUUUACCUCUAACUGAACAGGACUGCCUACCUUGAAUCAUGGUGUCAGCUGCUUUUCAGAUCAUGGGCAUGGCCCUGUCUGUAGUGGGCUGGAUUGGGGCCAUCAUCACGUGUGCCUUGCCUAUGUGGAAAGUGACAGCUUUCAUUGGUCCCAACAUUGUGACAGCCCAGACCACUUGGGAGGGACUGUGGAUGAGCUGUGUAGUACAGAGCACUGGCCAGAUGCAAUGCAAGGUUUAUGACUCCAUGCUGGCUCUACCUCAGGAUAUGCAAACCGCCCGGGCUCUCAUGGUCAUAUGUGUGCUUGUGGCCCUCUUUGGCCUGAUGGUUGGCAUCGUGGGUGCCAAAUGCACCAACUGUGUGGAGGAGGAAGACGUCAAGGCACGUAUCAUCAUUGUCUCCGGUGCCAUCUUUGUGGCAUCUGGAAUCCUUUGCCUCAUCCCAGUCUGUUGGUCAGCCAAUACUAUAAUCCGGGAGUUCUACAGUCCAUUAAUUGUGGAGGCUCAGAAGAGAGAGUUGGGCUCAUCCCUCUACAUUGGCUGGGCAGCGGCUGCUUUGCUGAUCCUCGGAGGAGGAUUGCUGUGCUGUAAUUGCCCCAAGAAAGAGAGCAACAACUACAGUGCUCGCUACACAGCUGCUGUCUCUCAACCCCGCAGCGAUUACCCCAGCAAGAACUACGUUUAAGAGAGUCGUGUCAUUGUGUUGAUGCAGUCAGUUGCCAUCCUGAAAGCUCAUUACUGGUGGAUUCCUUGAGAGUAGCAGAACUACGUAAUGAACAUCCCUAUGGAGAACAGAGCGACCUGCUCCACAAUUUCUCAACAUUUCUGGCCCAUCAGUAUUUUUUCUCUCUCACUGUUACCACUAACUAGAUUUAUUUCCACGUGUUUCAGCUCUUCUUUUGAAGAGAAUCCUUGAUUUGUGAUAGAAGAAUUCAGUAUAGGUAGAUAGGUAUUGAAUCGAUGUCCUAUUUUCAAGUAGUUUGUGAUAAAUGCCUUUGGGUGUUCUUGCCCCCUCCCCUCCAUUACACAAUCCCAAAUAGCCUGUAAUGGCUCAGAGUCAUAUCCUGUUCAAUAGGAUGGGGUGGGGUGGGGGGCAAAAAUGGUUACUCUAUAUCUAUGUUUUUGAAGCUGUGACAUGUUGUACAGUAUUUUAUGAAGAAAGGGGAUGUGGCCUUUUAGACCUGUUGUUUUUAAUUUUUUUGCAAUUGCUGUUGCAUGCAUUUCAUACCAAAAGCCAGUUUUUUCC